AUGGAACCAUAUCCCGCACCGUCAUCCGCGACGCUGUCGCCCCAAUCACCACCCGUUGGUCAACCCCCAUCCUCGAUCUUUCGACCCCGCCGAUCCGACGAUUGGCAUGAGUAUCGCGAAAUCAUCGAGCAACUCUACCGCAAUGACCAGCUCAAAUUACGAGAUGUCAAGCGGAUCAUGGAAAGAGAAUAUCGAUUCUAUGCCUCAGAAAAGCAGUAUAAAGAUCGACUGGCCGCAUGGCAUGUUCGCAAGAAUAUCAAGGCCAAGGAAGUGCACUUGAUGAUUCGCAAACAGCAGAAACGCGCGGCACGAGGGAAGGAGACGGCAUUCCGCGUCAACGGCCAGGAUGUCGAUCCCAAACGAAUCGCCCGUUUCGUGCGUCGGUACGGACGCUCGUGGGAUCACGAUCGAGACCGAGACGCUGAAGAUCAAAGUCCCGAGCCAAAGACUCCGUCGGACAUGACUUGCUAUACCCCUGAGCCGGAAGAUACGGCUGCCACGCCUGUCUCACCACCCGAUGUACAGUCCCCGACGAGGGAAACAUCCACCUAUCCAUUAAACUAUGACCCAAAUUCCAUUGAGACCCUCCCUGAUCUCAUCAUGGAUGAUGAUCAUCACGCGUUUCCACCGAUGCACAUGCAUCCCAAUCAGGCUCAACGAGCAUCGCGAAGACCAUUUCACCCCUCAGAGCCAUCGAUGCAUCAACUACCACAGCCAUCAUAUUCAUCCCACCCGUCUCACUCCUCUCAUCCUUCUCACCAAUCUCACCCAUCUCACCUACCGGCUCCUGGAGCUCAUCAGUCCAGUCAUCCGCCGUCACAUGCCAUCGUUCACCCGCUCUCACCGCAACCCACCAAUCCCCAUGCACAGAGCCACGAUCACCACGCCCAUGCCCAACACGCUCAGCCACCAGCCAUGCUGCCUCAACCGGGGAGCUCACAGCUCCGGGCGAUACAUCCGAAUAGCGUCCCGGAUGUCUAUGCACACACUCAUCCGGGCACCUACGCCAGCCUCGAUGCCUUCCAGAAUCGCCUCGGGGAACUGCAGAUGACCCUGAAUCAGUCCAUGGCCAAGUGGGCUCGAGAUCAGGAUCCUAACCAUGAAAUGCCUCAUCAUGAGCAGCUGGGGCUAUGA